AUUUUGAAGCACUACACGUUUUAUUUAUUUUCAUUUAUUAAGUGCGUUUUACUAUUGCCUGUCAAUUAUUAAAGAUAUACAGUCGAAAGUACACUACAUAAUCUAGACAUAAAGAACAGCAAUUAAUGGUGAGACAAAAUACCAAAAACUAGUUUGGAAGGAAACAACCACAUUUACUGAGGAUUGGCGCAAUACAAUACAGACGCCUUUCAAUAGGCCUAUCUAGAAUAAUGAGUUUAUAAUAGUGACAUAACACGGAUACAUUAUAUAUGAUUCUAAGUACACAAUCAACAGAGUUGUUUUUGCUAAUUUGGUACAUUGUCACGCUAUAUAAGGAAAUAAAAAUAAUUUUUGGAAGUUAGAACAUCACCUAUGAGCAUACAUAUAAGAGAAACAUGUUUUCACUUAUUUGGUAAAUUGCCAAGAAAAUGGUUCUUAGAAGUAAAAUCAUUGCAUGAAGCACUUGCAGUAAACAAUUGUAUCUAAAAUAGAAGCGUGUACAUAACAGAAACGUUGCUAAUUGAAGUGCGUGAUUGAAAUGCGUGAAGAAGUAAAACAAUAGAUAGAUUUUAAGCCCGGCAAGGGAUGCCAGUGUAUACAUCUGGUAUCUGUAGAUAACACAAUUAAUAAAAUCUAAAGAUGAAUUCUUGCACUUUAGUCGAUGGCCUCUUAAAGUAUUCAUUCAUUUAAAGCUGAAAAUUCAGCUUGGCAAUACAGUCGAUAUGGAAGGGAAGGCAUGUAUAUGGAGAGUUUUUGUUGUAAACAUCAUCAUCAUUGCAACAUGCCUCCCGAUGUCACAACAGCAAAUAACAAAACAAACUAUUUGCGAUAUAAAAUCGAACGCCAGACAAAAUGAGAUAAAUGAAAUUCAGCAUCCUGUAAAUAAGCAAUACAAAACUGCCGAUGAAAGAAUAAACGAGAACGUUGUAGCAAAAUCAAGCGAUGGUGACACUAAGAUUGAAGUGGGUAUAAACCAAGCUCUGGCCAACACAGUUCUUCAAAAGAACACAGAUAAUGAUAACAUUAAAGAUGAUGACACACAAGCAAAGGAAACUGGAUCUAAGCUCUCCCAAUUCGACGAUGUGCUUUAUGCAGAGAGCGAUGCCAAAAAUACAACAGAUACGAACGGCACUAACCACACAAGACGACAUGGACAUGGGAUUCAUCUGGUUAAUAUUAGAUAUGCGUAUGUCAGAGAGCCACUGAUUUUAUUUGUGUUCCUCGUUCUUGUCAAUCUGGCAAAAGUAGGCUUUCACCAUGCUGACUUCCUAUCAUCUUUACUACCAGAGUCCUGUCUUUUGAUUAUUCUGGGAGUGCUGAUUGGUGUCAUAUUUAGGUACAACAGCAGGCUGAUUGGUUUCUUCGACAUCACAGACAAGGUAUUCUUCCUGAUCCUACUACCACCUAUUAUCUUGGAGGCGGCAUACAGCUUAUACAACCGUGAAUUCGUCGACAAUGUUGGGACAAUCCUACUAUAUGCAGUUGUGGGCACAAUCAUCAACUGUUUCGUGAUUGGACCCUGUUUAUUCGGACUUGCCAAAGCUGGAGCAAUGGGCAGCAUAGACAUUAGCUUGCUUCACUGCCUGGUCUUUUCGGGUUUUAUUGUUGCUGUUGAUCCAGUGGCGGUUCUCUCCAUAUUCCAAGAGAUCGGGGUAAACGAUUCGCUGUACAUACUAGUUUUUGGCGAAUCCCUUCUCAAUGAUGGCGUUACUGUUGUUCUGUACAACACUAUGCAAGCUCUGGCAAACAUGGAAACAAUACCCAUUGGACAGUAUUUUCUUGCGAUAUUGUCUUUCUUGACGAUUGCAUUAGGAGGAACGCUUGUUGGAGUGUUCUUUGGGGUUCUUACAGCCCUUAUCACACGUAUUACUAAACAUGUUAGAGUGGUGGAACCGUUUUUCGUUCUUGGAUUGGGUUAUCUAUCGUACCUUACAGCUGAGCUUUUCCACUGGUCUGGCAUACUCAGUGCUGUUGGGUGUGGACUUGUCCAGGCACACUAUACAAGGCAUAAUAUCUCCAAAAAGUCAUACACAACAGUCGUGUAUUUUAUUAAAAUGCUUAGUGUCAAUAACGAAGCUGUCAUCUUCAUGAUUCUUGGUGUGGAUCUGGUCACCGAGGAGCUUGGUUGGCACACCGGUUUCGUUCUAUGGACGCUCGCUCUUUGUCUGAUCGUCAGAUUCAUAGUUGUAUAUGGCCUUACCUUUCUUGCAAACAAACACCCAGAUAGAAUACGAAAGAUCAAUAGGGAGGAGCAAUUCAUUAUGGCAUACGGUGGUCUAAGGGGUGCGAUAGCAUUCGCAUUAGGCGCCACUCUCGAAGAUGACACCGUCAGGCCACACAAGAGAAUGUUCGUGACAGCAACACAGGCGGUCAUCAUCUUCACUGUAUUCGUGCAGGGUGUGACAAUAAAGCCAAUGGUGAAACUGUUAAGAAUCAGGACCAGGGAGACAGGGGUUGAAAGUACAACUCUCAUUGAAGAGACGAAUAUUCACGUAUUUGACCACAUUAACCAGGGAGUAGAGGCAAUCUCAGGGAGACAUGGUGAAAAUUACGUUAGGGAGUGGCUGUUGCAUAUCGACCAAAAGUACUUCCAGAAAUGGCUGUGUGGAACCUCACAUUCCAAACUGAACUAUCUCGUUCAGAUUUACAAAGAAACCAUGUUAAGGCAACAUCUUAGUAAUCUUUGGCAACCAGGAAACAAGGAUGAAUUAAGAGAAUCGGGGGAACCCAUUGACAAUGGAGAGUUAAGACAAGCUCUGGUGGACCUAGAGAGAAAACAAUCUGGCAGGGCAUCUAUCGUGAAUGUUGAUACGGAUCCUAAUAGAUUUGAGCUUGGCGCAAGGGAAUCGAACGGAAAUGUUUCAGUUAUAAUCGAUGGUAAGAGAGGAUCCGAGGAGGUAACACCCCAACACCUACACACGAUGUUCCAUAAUUCUACAUCUUCGGACCGUCAUAGACGAGAAAGUAGAAACCUGUUGUCUGAUGGUGCAGAUGAGGAGACAACUGCUGAACUGGUAGGCAAACUAAAUGACCUUAGGCAAAGGUUUGGUUCACGUUCGGGACAAUCAUCGCCGCUUUCUCGCUCAAGAGGCAGUAGCUCACCAAUGAGCAACCCCAGGCAUCGAUCUACCUCCCUUGAACACAACGUACCGUUUGAGGGAAGGAGGACAGGGGAUGAGGGAGUGAACGCAAGCGAAAGAAGAUCACGACAUCGUCAUAUUUCUGCUCCAGCAGCUCCGGAGAGAUUACCAACAAUUCAAAGUGGGGUUUACUUACAAACAAAUCCGGCAGGUCAAGAAAUUCCAAGUAUUGUUGAAAAUGCGCCAAUGGAACACUUCGGAGAUUCUAACAAAACAAGAAAGAAAACCGAAUUUGAAGAAGUGACUGAACUUUAAAGUACCAUCUUACAUAUUUAUAGGCUGAACUUGCACUACCAUACAGUAUUUGAUUUUGGAAUCAUACAAAAUCCAUAUUCGCCGAGGAACCACGGAGUUUUUACAUGAGCAACUGAGAGAAAUUAAAAAAGUAUAUUUGACAAUAUUUUAAGUAUUUGCAACCAGUAGAAACAAAUUGCUCCAUUCAUAUAUAUAUAUUAUCUAUUCUUCUGAUUAUAGAUGGCAUUAUUGAAUAAAACCCAUAUAUUGUAUGGAUUUCGCUGACAAAACAAUGUUUUUUUGUAAUAGAACAUUUUCGUUUGUUGUCAAUAAAUCAGGGGAUACGUAUGCGUACUAACUUAACUUGACAUGGGCAUCACUUGUAAACUCAUGUUAAAUUAUAAGACUAUGGUUGUUAUUGCUAUGUAGUAUUAUACAUAUUUACAGUAUUGCCUUCGUAUGAAAUAUUAAGAAAUAUAUAGAUUAUAUAAAGAUGGAGCACGUAUCGUUGAUUGUAAAAUUUAACACAUCCACGCAUAUGUUCAUAUAAACAUCAACAUAUUAAUUACCAGAAUAGGUAAGACUAGAAACACAGAAUAUCAAACCCUGAUAGACCAUAGACUAAAAUACGUAAUUUAACAAAACAAAUCGCAAUGCAAAACAGCAACUAUGGUUGUAUGUCUAAACAAUUAUUCAGAUAAUAUACAUAUGCAUGUAAUAUAGUAAAAUACUUGGUAUUGCCAUUUAUACAUAUAAAGUAUAAUUUCCUCUAUCAAGAAAUGUAAUAUUUUUAUAGGGUAGUAUAUCGGUAUAUGUAUUUCUCAUUUAAUUUCUAAACUUCAAACAGCUGUCAUUGGUGACCCAUCCUCCUAGCGCUUCUUGAUGGACCUUGCACACCAUUUUGAAAUUAUAAUGGCUUCGUAUUAUUGCAUAGAGAAAGUGGGAGGAACAAAUUGAUUGACCCCUAAAGCACAAACCCUAUAAUUUCACAAUGAUAUUUCAUCCAAUUAAUACCCGAUGACUGUUUUAUUGUAAGUCAAAGAGAAAACUGCACAUAAAUUGAGAAACGAGCCUAUAUUUUCAAUAGGCGUGUUGUUGGGGCAACAAUUAAGGACACUUUAAUGAAUGAUUAUUAAGAACGCUGUUACCGUUUUAACUAUUUACUAUUGAGAUUUAAUCGAGCAUAUUUAGUGGUAUUGAAACACUUGGCUGAUUCUUUUCCAUUUCUCCCCAGCUGAGUAUCAAAAUAUGUGACGUUCAUCUUUUACUUAUUCUAUUCUGAACGUUCUUUUUUGAUUUUGUGUCGUAUAAUUAUAAAUACCUCAGAGGGUGGCAUUUGCCGUUUGAUAUUUUGCGACUGUACACCACACGUAUAAAGAAUCCAAAACAUGCAUUAAUUUGUUUGUAUACUUUUAAUAUAGAUAAAUGAAAAUAAAC